AUGUCGGGACCGCCCUCGCCAUCUACACAGGGCAGACCGGACGAUGACUUAGCUCACGAGCAUAAACGGGCGGUCUGCAGAGGCGACCCGUUGUUUCCGAUCGCCACUCGCACCCUGAGGGAAGACCACGAAUUCAACUUUGUGAGCACACGGAUAGUGGCGCGAGCCAACAAUAAAACAGGACGAGAACUAUUGGAGGCGCCUGACACCAACUCUAUCACCAGACACGUUGACAUACCCCUCUUGCUAUCACGCGCUCCGUUCCCGCGGCCAAGAGGCGAGACCCAGUUUCCAGCCAAGAGUGCACGCAGUCACGCCACCGCGAGACGGCGUGGGACUCAGCUUAUCGCACUGCGCUCUGCACUCAUAUCCCCUCCCCCUUCAUGGCUUGACUAUGAAGACUGCUCAUUUGAUGCCGCAUUCUCACAGUCUCUGACGCUGGCCUCCUAUACGUGA